AUGCUAGCCAGUAAAAAUAGAAAUGAUUGGUCCAAGGGCUACCAAGCUAUGGGUUCUGGGCUACAAGAUAGACCUGGUGUGAAGGACAUGAGAAGGAUAUUAUCAGUCAGUUACUAUGACCUACCUCCGCAACUAAGAACAUUUUUAUUGUAUAUAAGUUUGUAUCCAGAGGAUUAUAAUAUUGUUGCUAGAGAUUUGAUAUGGCAAUGGAUUGGUGAAGGUUUUAUUCGGGAAGAACAUGGAAAUAGCUUGUAUGAAGUAGGAGAAGACUAUUUCAGCGAGCUCAUUAACAAAGGUUUGAUCCAACCAGCAGAUGUCAGUGAUGAUAAAGAGAGCGCUUGUCGUGUACACGAUAUGGUGCUUGACCUCAUCACUUCCAUUUCAAGGGAAGAGAAUUUUCUAACAUGUAUAGGUGGUCAGCAAUCUGGAUCUGCACCAAGUAAGAUCCGUCGGCUAUCAGUCCAAAGCCUAAAUGAAGACGAUAUCAUGCAAAUGGCAACUAUGAACUUGUCCCGUUUGAGGUCAAACACUGUGUUUGGGCGAGAUAUCAAUUUGUUACCAGCCCUUUCAAGCUUUUCAGUCUUGCGUGCAUUGAACUUAGUUUAUUGUUGGGAUGUGGAUAAUCAUCAUAUUAAGGUUACCUACAGCAUGUUACACUUGAGGUAUUUAUGUCUAUGCAAUACAUCUAUCACUCAGAUACCGGACGAUAUUAGGAAUCUGCGGUUCUUGCAAGUACUAGACAUAAGUGCGACGGCAAUAAAAAUGUUACCAACAUCAUUUUUUCAGCUAACACAACUAGUGUACCUUCAUAUUGGUAUGGGCACGGCCCUGCCAGAACGAUUGGAUAAUUUAAAAUCGCUGCAAGAAUUGCUAGGUAUCAAUAUCGAGUCUCCAUCCAUGCUGCACGAUUUGAGCAAGCUGACGGAAUUGAGGAAUCUUCGUGUUAGGGUUUGUGGAUGGAACGAUGACUAUAAGGAACUUUUUCGGCGGUGUCUGUCCAACCUAAUCAAUCUCAAAAGCAUUAAAUUAAGUGGUGUACAUCGAAACAUAGAUUACGGAAGUGAUAGUUUGUCGCCUGAGCCUCAGCAGCUUCAGUGCAUCCAUCUGGCUGAUAGCAUAAAGUGCGAUGUGCCAAGAUGGAUAUCUUCGCUCUCCAACCUUUCCACCCUUCUAAUCCAGCAUCUAGAAACACUCAGAGAGGAGCACCUUCGAGUGCUUGGCCCCAUGUCAUCACUCUGUGAUCUUCAUAUAUGGGUGGCGCAAACCGCACGAAGCAAAAGGUUGGUGAUUGAUGGCAGUUAUCUGUUUCGGUGUCUCGCAAGGCUGAAAAUCGGGAGUAGCAUCAUGGAGCUGAAGUUUGCACAAGGAUCCAUGCAGAAGCUACAGACCCUUGAGGUUAUUUUAUCAGUGCAGCAGACAUGGGAUCGAUUUGGUGAUUUGGACUUUGUCCUGGAGAACCUCUCUUCACUUAAACAGGUCUAUGUUGGAAAGUGGUAG